AUGAUGCAGUUCAUGCUACUGUUCAGUCGACAAGGCAAAUUACGUCUUCAAAAGUGGUACGUAGCACACCCUGAUAAGCUGAAAAAGAAAAUCACAAGAGAAUUGAUCACCACAGUCCUUGCUCGGAAACCAAAGAUGUGCUCAUUCUUGGAAUGGAAGGAUGUCAAGGUUGUUUAUAAGAGAUAUGCCUCACUGUACUUCUGCUGCGCGAUGGAACAAGAGGACAAUGAACUUCUCACUCUGGAAUUAAUUCAUAGAUAUGUGGAACUACUUGACAAGUAUUUUGGCAGUGUGUGUGAACUGGACAUAAUCUUCAACUUUGAGAAGGCAUAUUUCAUUCUAGACGAGCUGGUGUUAGGAGGUGAGCUCCAAGAGACAAGCAAGAAGAAUGUCUUGAAGGCGAUAGCUGCACAGGACCUUUUGCAAGAGGAGGAGACACCGCAAGGCUUCUUCGAGGACCAUGGGCUUGGCUAA